GACAAUUGUGACAAAUAAAAUCAAAAGUGGCGCGACGGAAUUUGUUUGCAGAUGCGUCGCGUCGUCCGCGACGGGUGAAUGUAUGUGCGUGCCAGCAGAUUAACUGGAAAUUUACACAUAAAUUUGUUGAUUUUAUUUGUCAGAAGAUUGAGAUAUUCUCUUCAUAAAAGUCCUAGUGCAUUACUAUUGCACUGGAAGCUGCUGUAAAUUUGUUCUGGUCGUUUCCCGGCUGGCGGCGUAAGCUUCAACUCUUCAAAUUGAAAUAAAGAAUAGACAAGAUGUAUGAUGAAGAAGACAUGUACGAGGAUGAGGACCAGGAGGAGAUCUCCUCGGAGCUCUGGCAGGAGGCCUGCUGGAUCGUCAUCAACUCGUACUUUGACGAGAAGGGCCUGGUGCGGCAGCAGCUGGACUCGUUCGACGAGUUCAUCCAGAUGUCCGUGCAGCGGAUCGUGGAGGACUCGCCGGCCAUCGACCUGCAGGCGGAGGCGCAGCACACGGCUGGAGAGAUGGAGACGCCGCCGCGCUACCUGCUCAAGUUCGAGCAGAUCUACCUGUCAAAGCCGACACAUUGGGAGACGGACGGAGCGCCGUCGGCCAUGUUUCCCAACGAGGCGCGACUGCGCAACCUCGUGUACUCGGCGCCGCUCUACGUGGACAUCACAAAGACCGUCAUCAAGGAGGGCGAGGAGCCGAUCGUCACACAGGAGCAGAAGACCUUCAUCGGCAAGAUUCCGAUCAUGUUGCGCUCGGCGCACUGUCUGCUGUCGGGCCUCACGGACCGCGAUCUGACCCAGCUCAACGAGUGUCCGCUCGACCCCGGCGGCUACUUCAUCAUCAACGGAUCCGAAAAGGUUUUGAUUGCCCAGGAGAAGAUGGCCACCAACACUGUGUACGUGUUCAGCAUGAGGGACGGCAAGUACCAGUACAAGGCCGAGAUCCGCUCCGCCGUCGAGUACUCGUCACGACCCACCUCUACGCUCUGGGUCAACAUGCUCGCCAGGACCGGACAGAACGUCAAGAAGUCUGCGAUCGGCCAGCGGAUCAUCGCGAUCUUGCCAUACAUCAAGCAGGAGAUCCCGAUCAUGAUCGUGUUCCGCGCGCUGGGUUUUGUCGCCGACCGUGACAUCCUGGAGCACAUUAUCUACGACUUCGACGACCCAGAAAUGAUGGAAAUGGUGAAGCCGUCGCUGGACGAGGCGUUCGUGAUCCAGGAGCAGAACGUUGCGCUCAACUUUAUCGGAGCUCGCGGCGCCAAGCCGGGAGUCACUAAGGAGAAGCGUAUCAAGUAUGCCCGCGAGAUCCUGCAGAAGGAGAUGCUGCCCCACGUCGGCGUCUCAGACUUCUGCGAGACAAAGAAAGCCUACUUCCUCGGUUACAUGGUGCACCGCCUGCUGAUGGCCUCGCUGGGCCGGCGGGAGCUCGACGACCGAGAUCACUACGGAAACAAGCGGCUCGACCUGGCCGGACCGCUGCUGGCCUUCCUCUUCAGGGGCCUGUUCAAGAACCUGCUGAAGGAGGUGCGCAUGUACGCGCAGAAGUUUAUCGACAACGGCAAGGACUUUGGCCUGCACCUGGCCGUGAAGACAUCCACCAUCACGGACGGCCUGAAGUACUCGCUGGCCACGGGCAACUGGGGAGACCAGAAGAAGGCGCACCAGGCCCGCGCCGGCGUCUCCCAGGUGUUGAACCGACUGACGUUCGCCUCGACCCUGUCGCAUCUGCGGAGAGUCAACUCGCCGAUCGGCCGAGACGGAAAGCUGGCCAAGCCGCGUCAGCUGCACAACACCCUGUGGGGGAUGAUCUGCCCGGCCGAGACGCCCGAGGGAGCCGCCGUCGGUCUGGUGAAGAACCUGGCCCUGAUGGCGUACAUUUCUGUGGGCUCUCAGCCGUCGCCCAUCCUCGAGUUCCUGGAGGAGUGGAGUAUGGAGAAUCUGGAGGAGAUCGCGCCCAGCGCCAUCAUCGACGCCACCAAGAUCUUUGUGAACGGCUGCUGGGUGGGUAUCCAUCGCGACCCUGAGCAGCUGAUGACCACACUGAGGAAGCUGCGCCGGCAGAUGGACAUCAUCGUCUCGGAGGUGUGUAUGGUGCGCGAUAUCCGCGACCGCGAGAUCCGGAUCUACACGGACGCCGGUCGGAUCUGCCGGCCGCUGCUGAUCGUCGAGAAGGGCCAGCUGCUGCUCAAGAAGCGGCACAUCGACAUGCUGAAGGGCCGCGAGUACAACAACUACAGCUGGCACGACCUGGUGGCCUCCGGCGUGGUCGAGUACAUCGACUGCCUGGAGGAGGAGACCACCAUGAUCGCCAUGACGCCCGACGACCUGAACGGCGAGAAGGACAACGUCUACUGCACCACGUACACGCACUGCGAGAUCCACCCGGCCAUGAUCCUGGGGGUGUGCGCGUCCAUCAUCCCCUUCCCGGAUCACAACCAGAGCCCCAGGAACACUUACCAGAGUGCUAUGGGUAAGCAGGCCAUGGGCGUGUACAUCACCAACUACCACGUGCGUAUGGACACGCUGGCGCACGUGCUGUUCUACCCGCAAAAGCCGCUGGUCACCACGCGCAGCAUGGAGUACCUGCGCUUCCGAGAGCUGCCGGCCGGCAUCAACUCGAUCGUGGCGAUCGCCUGCUACACGGGCUACAACCAGGAGGACUCGGUGGUCAUGAACGCCUCCGCCGUGGAGCGGGGCUUCUUCCGGUCAUGCUUCUACCGAAGCUACAAGGACGCCGAAACGAAGAAGAUCGGCGACCAGGAGGAGACGUUCGAGCGUCCGUCGCGCGACACGUGCCAGGGCAUGCGGAACGCCAUCUACGAGAAGCUUGACGAUGACGGUAUCGUGGCGCCGGGUGUGCGCGUCUCCGGCGACGACGUCAUCAUCGGCAAGACCAUCGUGCUGCCCGAGAACGACGACGAGCUGGAGGGCUCGGCCAAGAGGUUCACCAAGCGGGACGCCUCGACGUUCCUCCGCAACUCGGAGACGGGUAUCGUCGACCAGGUGAUGCUGACGCUCAACAACGACGGCUACAAGUUCACCAAGAUCCGAGUCCGCUCCAUCCGAAUUCCGCAGAUCGGCGACAAGUUCGCCUCCCGGCACGGACAGAAGGGUACUUGCGGUAUCCAGUUCCGCCAGGAGGACAUGCCGUUCACAGCCGAGGGUAUCACCCCGGACAUCAUCAUCAACCCGCACGCCAUCCCCUCGCGUAUGACAAUCGGUCACUUGAUCGAGUGUCUACAGGGGAAGGUGUCUUCCAACAAGGGUGAGAUCGGUGACGCCACGCCGUUUAACGACGCCGUGAACGUGCAGAAGGUCUCGGAGCUGCUCAAGGACUACGGCUACCACCUGAGAGGCAACGAGAUUAUGUACUGCGGGCACACGGGCCGUAAGAUGCAGGCCCAGAUUUUCCUGGGGCCCACCUACUACCAGCGUCUGAAGCACAUGGUGGACGACAAGAUCCACUCGCGGGCGCGCGGACCCGUGCAGAUCCUGGUCCGGCAGCCCAUGGAGGGUCGAGCCAGGGACGGUGGUCUGCGUUUCGGCGAGAUGGAGCGCGACUGUCAGAUCGCCCACGGAGCCGCUCAGUUCCUGCGAGAGCGACUGUUCGAGGUCAGCGACCCGUACCGAGUGCACGUCUGCAACUUCUGCGGCCUCAUCUGUAUCGCCAACCUGCGCAACAACACCUUCGAGUGCAAGGGCUGCAAGAACAAGACUCAGAUAUCUCAAGUUCGGAUGCCGUACGCCUGUAAACUGCUCUUCCAGGAGCUUAUGUCGAUGAACAUCGCACCGCGCAUGAUGGUACUCAACAACUGAGGUACUGUUCCCGUCGUCGACUGAGCUCGCCCCCGUCAUUAGACAGUCAGUCUGUCAUAAGAAAAAUUCCGUCAAUCAUCAGACCGUCGGCCUGUCAUCACACUCGGUCUAUCUCAUCCGAGUUCAGCACCUCGUCAGCGGAACCCUAGCAAUGGUAUAUCAACUCCCGUCGGUAACUGGCCUCCCGUUAGCAGACCCCGUCACCUGAGUGCCGCCAGUCUACCAUAGUCUCACACCUGAGCAACGGCAUUAGACCGUAAGGCGGUACCACUGGCCGCGCCUGCUUUGUCCGUCACUCUCGCUGUUCCGUCGCUCUACCCGUUCCCCCUCGUUCAUUCCCGGUCGGAGGUGAACUGAAUGCUAGCAGCGAGCUGUGUUCUGAAGCGGACUGGAGAGUGACCGAGGGUGGGUCGCUCGGAGCAGUGGCGGCGGCCGGUGCGUGACAUGACGCACUGGGGACGGGUGUGGCGCGACUGCGGCGAGCCCGGCGCGCCGGGAGAUGCGCUCCACCGACCUGGCGUGACGCGGUGGUCGGCGGAGUGACGGUGCGUGACGACCAGAUGACGGCGCCGCCACCGUGACGGUCGACCGUGGGUUUGUUCCACGCUGCGGCUGACUGUGAGGUCCAUUGGCGGUCAGUCCGCCGGCCCCGGACUGCAGUGUGGUGUUUGUGUCGGCCCCAGCGGCGGCCGGCGUAGGCAAGGGUUGGACCAGGACGGGGUGGGGGUAAAGGCCGAGAGGCGGGGAAAUGCUGUGAGGGCGCCCCCAACCGGGGAGCGAGUCUUACUGUGCUCUGUGAAGUGCACUGAGCGCUGUCUGGUGCACAGUCCGCAGUGCACAAUGAUAGUGCAUUGUCUCGUCCGAAACUGUGACUUGCGCCUGGCCGCCCGGCGGCAGCGAGUCGUCUCUGUGAAGUGUCGUUUGCUCUGUUCAUUGCUCUCAUCGUGAAAAUGACCCUCAAUACAAGAUGUAUUGGUAAAUAUUUUAAA